AUGACAGAGACCCAAGUGAGAAAUUAUUUCAGCAAACGGGAUCACCACCACACUCUUCGUCAUGUCUUUCUUCAGCCGGCUACGAUCCUCCUUGACAAUGAUCAGAAAACCCCUAAUGGUUCAUCCCGCUAUACAGAUCAUCUUCAAUUCUUUAAUUGGUUCAGGGAGUGGGGUGUUCGUAAGAUCUUCAAGGUUGUUGUCUAUGACGGUGACCACCCUCACCGAGACGAGGAGGUUGAAAAGGCUCUGGCGGGCUUUGUGCACGGGAAAAAGAAGUAUGCAUCUUUUGAUGUCGAGGUUCUUGACUGGCACAAGGAAGAUCUCUGCCCCGAGGUGAUACAGACAGCGACGCCGCAGGUUCGCGAACUUCAUCUUCAUUGGAGUGGUCGGAACUCUGUCCUUCGUGGAUGGAGCGAGCCUGAGGGACUACCUGCUCUUGAAUAUCUGCAAAAGGUGUAUAUC